AUGGACGCAGAACUCGUGCCAGAAACACAAUCCCUCAGGGAUGUGUAUGUACCAGAGCCAGACACACAACAGUCUCUAGAACCAGAGCAACAAGCCAGGUGGAAUAACCUGGUUAAAGAGUUCAAGGGCCGCUAUAGUGACGCGCCUGGGUUUGUUGCCCGGAGUCCUGGAAGAGUCAACAUCAUAGGUGAACAUAUCGACUAUUCGCUUUACGAUGUGCUUCCUACCGCCUUGAGUGUAGAUGUGCUUGUAGCUGUGAAGACUAUGCCAGCAUCAGGCCCAGAGGCAACCAUUAAAGUGGACAACACCGACCCCAGGUUUGCGGCUAGUGAAUUUGUUGUCUCAUCGGAUCGAGAGGUGGACAUCGAUGCAUCCAGGCCAGAUUGGGUCAAUUACUUCAAAGCUGGCCUUCGGGUGGCCGUUAAGUAUCUGCGGGAGAAAGACUCAGCAUUUGUCCCGGUAAAUAUCGAGGCUUUGGUCGAUGGUAACGUACCACCCGGGGGUGGUAUAUCGAGCAGUGCUGCAUUUGUCUGUGCAAGCGCUUUGGCUGUCGUUAAGGCGAAUGGGCAUAAUAUCUCCAAACAAGAGCUCUUGGACAUCUCGAUUGUAUCUGAGCGUGCAGUAGGCGUGUACUCAGGAGGCAGGAUGGAUCAGGCUGCUUCAAUCUUCUCGCGGAGAGGAUAUCUUCUCUAUGUCACUUUCUUCCCAAAGUUCAAAGUGCAACAUGUGGCCAUCCCCAAGGCCACUACUGAUAUCACUUUUAUGGUGGCUCAGAGCUUUGUCACAUCCAACAAGGCCGAAACUGCUCCCCGUCACUAUAACCUUCGUGUGGCAGAAUGCACUCUUGCGGCUGUUAUUCUCGCUCGGAAACACAAUAUCACCCUUCAAAAGGAUAGCAGCUCAUUAGGCUAUAGUCUUCGAAAUUUACACCACGAGCUGAUGCGCCAGGAUGGUCGCCAGGAUGACCCGUUCGAAUAUCAGCUUGACUCUCUCAUUCUCAUUGUGGAGGAGACUUUCAAGCAGGAGCAAGGGUAUACCCGUGCCGACAUCGCUGAACUCCUGCAACUCACGGUCCCACAGGUCGAGGAACAAUUCCUCUCCUCAUUCCCUGUGGAAGCGGAAAGAUUCUAUCUCCGCCAACGUGCGUUGCACUGCUUUAAGGAAGCCCGUCGUGUGCUCGAUUUCAGAUCGUGCCUUGCUCGCUCCCAUAAUCUCGAUCAGCAUAAUUUAGAGUAUCUUGGACAGCUUCUCAACGAAUCCCAGGCGUCUUGUCGAGAUGUCUAUGACUGCACUUGUCCCGAAGUUAACGAAUUGUGUGAAAUUGCACGACGGGCUGGCUCACUGGGCAGCCGUCUGACGGGUGCAGGAUGGGGUGGCUGUACGGUACAUAUGGUUCCCCUGGAGAAGGUCGAGGAUGUCACAAGGGCAUUGAAGGAGGAAUACUAUUUGAAAAGAUGGCCUGACAUGGACAAGGAAAAACUCAGGCAGGCAAUGGUCAUUAGCAAGCCGUCUAAUGGAUCAUUUUUGUAUGUCUGCCUCUUCAUACUUCGUCUUGUUGAAUUAUGCUAA